AUGGAGAACGACUCAAUCAUGAGUUCGAUCAAUUCUUCUUCCAAUUCAACAGCUCGAGUAGCCAAAGACCACGGAAUUCCCACACGAUGCAAGUGCGGUGAGGCUGUGUCGUGUUACACCUCGAGAACCGUUAGAAAUCCGGGAAGAUUAUUCCAUUGUUGUCCGAUGGGAUCUGAGAAGGACAAAACCCACUUGUUCAAAUGGACUGAUAAGUCAGUUGUUGAGGAGAUUGAAGACUUCAAAGACCUGUUUGACGUCCUCCUCGUUGACAAUUCUGAAUUUCAGAGAUCAAUGAGAGCUUCUGAGGCAAUGCUGAAACGCCAUGAGAGUAAAAUUGAUGAGAUGGAAUAUGCUGUUGCACGUAGCGAAGAGAAGACCAUCAAAUGCAUUACCGAGUUAAAGAUGACAAAAGCUUUGUUUCUGUGUUGUUUGGUGAUGGUCCUCAUGUACAUUACCUAUGCAUGA